UGUGUUUCCUGAUGUGCCACCGCGAAGAGGAAAGAGUAAGAAAGGACACCCACCAAUGGGAAGAAGAUUCUUACUGUUGCAAUAAGGAUGCUAUGUUUGAGGUGACUAAUGAGAUACAAGAUGGGUAGAGCCCAGAGGCCAAACAGUGCGAGCACAUCCACCAGCAAAACGUCUGGGACCAUGGCCAGUGGCAGUAUGAUGUACACCAGUUCCCUGCCAUCACAAUGCAGUAGUCUUGAAGAUGUUUUAGUGCAAGAAUACAUCAAAGAGAUCAGUAAAGGUUCCUCAUCUUCACCACUGCGACUGCCAAGAAAAUGUAGAUCCCCAUAUGAAAGGGCAAUCCGUAUGCACAGUGGAAAACCAUCUUUCCGGUCUACAGUUGGAUUUCACACUUGUUCACAGAGCAGAAGAAGGAGAAUGCAUAGUUCAUUCGAAAGCUAUCGCACGGUGUCAGCCUGCAAAAGCAACAUUUCAACUCAUAAAAAGAAAUGCAGACUUCGGCUUCCAAAGAUCAAAAGAGGCUUGAGUGCUCCCUCUGGAUCAGUUAGGAAGGUGCAUUCUUCAUUGUCUUCAAGGCUGCUGACAGCUUGCCGGGAUUGCAAACAAAAGCCACUCUCUAAACAUCAGGAGACGAUCAUAAAAGUAACAGCUUUCAAGAAUGGGACCCACAAUAUUUCUGCAAAACUUGCAGUACUUAACUUCAAUCUGUUGCUGGAGGAGAGUACCAUAAAGCUCAACCUGAACUCAGCUGCGAGGAGAGUUUUUCUUGCAAAUGGCCAAGAAGCAUUUGAGCCAAAGGAUAUUCCUCAUAAUGUUGAUGUCUAUAUUUCAACUGGAGAGCCUUUCAUAGAUCCAUUCAAAAACAUAAAAGACCAUCUGUCAUUGGCCAAAAGGGUGAGCUGGACUAUGAAAGGGAUAGAACUUCCUUCUGACAGGCAGCAUGGCAGGACAAAGCCUAUUCUCUCACGCCGUCUGAAGAAGCUCAUUGAAAAUGGUGCUGUCAGAAUUCUGGUUUUCAAAAAUGGUGCAGGGCAGGAUGGGGCCGAAAUCACCACCUCACUGGAUAACCAACAACAGUUUUUAGACCAAUGCACUCUAAAGAUCAACUUAAUGUCCCCAGCAAAAUAUCUGUAUGACUGGGAGGGCAAUCGAAUUUAUGACCUCAGAACAGUUCCAUUGCUCGACAAGUGCCUGCAGAAUUCCAUCACACCUCUCCGUGGACCUGUCUGGGUCUCUAAAGGGGAAGGGUUCAUUCUGUCCGGAUCUACGGCGUACAUCCAGGGAAUCAUAAAGGCAAUAAAUCAAAAGCUGAAGGCUGCAAGGAAUUACAGAAAGCAGAUACCACAUUGCUCUGAUGCAAAUGCCACUCCACUCUGUAAGAAGGGAGGAAAUUAUAGACCAGUUAGCCUGACUUCAGCGGCUGGGAAGAUGUUGGAAUCCAUCACUAAGGAUGAGGUUUCGGGGUACUUGAAGGUAUAUCAUGCCUUGAAUGGAUGUGCGGAGAAGGUCUCGAACAAAAACCUCCUCUCCAUGACUACAGGAGAACUGUAUAAAAUAAGUGAAAAUCUGGACAACUUGAUUGAUGAACUGCGAGCUACUCUGAAAAAGCACAAUAGCCAGCUCAGCAAACUCAGCCCGCUAUUACAAGCUGAAAAGGGGCAUUACAGCGGCUUUGUGGACCAGCACAUUAAUACGCUUUCAGCAAGCAGCACGCUCUCAAAAGGACUGCAGAUAAAAGUGUAUCGAAAUGGCUGGGACACUGGAGAGAUUUCCAUGUUUAUUAAAAUGAAAACAAUUGAAAAAGGUUCUGGCAAUAACAAAUUCAUGAUGGAUCAGCUUCUUCAAAUAAUUUGCCAAAAGCUCAAGUACUCACCAGGAUGCUAUUCGUCAGGUCUUAACCUCAGUCCUACUCGAUUGUUUGAUGAAAAGGGACAUGAAAUAAGAAAUCCACUCUCUCUCGAAAAUGGUCAGAAGGUUUGGGUAUCUUAUGGAGAGGACUACAGAAGCUUCAGCAAACCAUUUCUCUGUGUAAUGUUUGACUGUGUUCGAGGAGUUAUGAACCAGGGUCAAAAGAUGGUUUACAAAACUCCUCUGGAAUACGAUGGUCCGUUAAAUGGUUUGGAAAAGUGUGAGACUUGGGAAGUAUGUACAGCGUUCCCAGAAAAAUAUAACUGGAUACAAAUGAAUGAACCCAGCCAGGAAAAAGUGGAGAUGAUAGAUAAACAUCACUUCCUUCAGUUCAAGAAUGAUCCCCAGGUGGUUGUCUAUCCUUCGGUUACCACUGAAAACAGGAGUGAAAAUACUCUUCCAGCAAAAAAGGAGCAAAAGAAAUCCAAGGUUUCAGUGGGAGUCUCCAGAUGCUUUUCAGCUCACAUAUGGGCUGUUACAAAGUCUGGAAUGAUUUCGUGUCGCGCUUACCCACAACUCUGCCUGGCCGUGAGUGAUCAACAAAUCCGACUGAAGAAUGAUGACAAUGUGGAUUUGGAGGGAUACGAGUUAGUUGUACAGAAAAGGAUGAAACAGAGUCCACAGCAACUGUGGGGGUUCAACACAGCUGGGAACAUUUACUCGAUGGCUUAUCCCAAAAUGGUUCUCACAUAUCUGGGGGAUUUGAAAAUGAGGGCAGACGAAGAGCAUACAGAGCACCAGGUCUCUGCAGACAGUCCCAGGAAGGGCAGACACAAACAAGUUAGCAGGGCCUCAGAAGUCCAAUUAAUAUCUGGAGGAUCCCUCGAGGUUGAUACGCAGCUGACUGUGGCACUGUUAACAAAGCUGGAAGAGAAACACCCCUGGACUCCAGCCCAGAGAUGGGCCAUCAAACAGGAAGGAAUUGCAAAGCCAGGUCAAUGGAAGAAGUCAAAGCAGGAGAACGCCCUGUGGAACAAGCUGACCUACAUGUGGCCUUUGAUGCCCGAUGGUGAAUUGAAUGGGGAAUAUGAUUGGCCAAUUGAAGGAUCCCUUCUUCCCAAUGCCCCACCGCUGAAAAACCAAGAACAGAAAAGUCAAGAGGUGUACGCCCCUGUGAGACUAAAGGUUCUGAAGAAUGGAGAACAAGACAAAUCCAGAGCACUAAAAGUCACAGGACCAGACAUCACCAGCAUGCCCAAGAAAACCUGUAAUUCUGCAAAGAAUAAGGAUCAGUGGAGAAGGAGCCAUGAAUUACAGAUGAGAACAGAUACACAAGAGGGCAACAGAACUAAAGCACACCAGCUUGAAUUUCAGCAGUUCCUAGAGAGGUGCACCUCAGUGCUAGGACUACCUCUUGCAGCCCGCCGACUGUUUGAUGAAAGCGGACAGGAGUGCAGUCUUCUGACAGACCUUCAGAGGGACCAGUUGGUGUACGUGUCUUGUGGGGAAGCUUGGAUAGAUCCAAAGGUAGUCUCUGUGGAACAAAAGAAGCGUCUCUGCUUUACAAGCCUGACCUCUGAUGUUGCUAUGAUCCGCGCUUACUGUGCCACGUGUAAUCCGCAAGGUCUGGUCCUUGAGGUUGUGGGUAACCUUGUUGCUGGAGCCAGAUUGGCAUUAGCUGAAUGUGCUGUCCCCAAUGAUUGUGAAGAUGUCUGUUUUGAAUCCGAUAAACCAGACCAAACUUUCUCUCUAACAACCGAUGAAGGUCUUAGCAAGGAUGAAAGCCUCUUUCAUGACUUACUAGAUGCACAUGCCAGGGCACAUCUUACUCUUGACGCUCAGCCUCCCAAAGGACUUUAUCCAUGGGAGAGAAAUUCAAAAGCAUUUGAUAAUGAUGAAGUCACAGAGCAAGAGGAUGGGAGGUCAUAUACAAGCAUGGAUCUAUACAAUAAAUGCAGACCCCAAAUAAAACCACCACAAAAACUACAUCAGCAGCAAUUUCAGUUUCAAGAUGGAUAUAUUGUGAACUGUAGCUGUCCCUGGCUCGUUGUGGGAGUUCCUGAGAUGAGUGCACACCAAGGGACGGAGGUGAUACUGGUGGAGAGGAAAGCUGAUGACAUCUUUCAGCGAUGGAAAUUAAAAGAAGAAAACAGGACCUUACACUUAAUGGGGAAUCCUGACCUUGUACUUGCAGUCUCAAUGUCUCAAGUUAACACCGGCAAUGGCAGGAGUGUGAUGGAGUUUCAAGGACGUCCAGUUAUCCUUCAGAUCUACAAGGAACACAGUAAUGGGGUGGCCAAUCAGAAGUGGUCCUGGGAGCCAAAGAUGAAAAUACUGUGUGCUUUUUCUACUUCUAUCUUGGACAAUGAAAUUACAGCAGCAAACCACGCAAAUGUCUGCACCUUCUGUAUCUGCAGAGCUCAGGAAAUGGACCAACCUGGUUACUACUUCACUCAUCCCAGUACGAAGCAGAGAACUGUGGUUUGUUUGGCUUGCGCCAGGACACUGAGGGGACAGAAUGUCAUGACCAAGUUGCAGCCUGGUGUGCCAUUCACCUGUGCCACGGGCUGCAAAGAGAGCCAACUCGAAGCAACAGGACCCUUCAAGUACAUCAGAGUUACAAAGGUUGAUCUUUCUACCUCCGCAGCCAAAAGCAGCCUGGCUCACUUGGAAGCAAAACUGAAUUCCUUGCGGAUGGAAACAUCAGUACAAACCAUCUCACGGGAAAUCUCAGCUGCCAAGACCCGGCCAGCAAUAAGAAUCUUAGCCUAUCGAAAUGGCGCUGGGUACAAGGAUGGUGAAUUGAUUAUUGGAACAACAUUUUCUUCGUUGCUUGCCACGUGCACUCGAAGGUUAAAACUGACCAGACCUGCGCACAGACUAUAUACAGCCGAUGGAAGCCUCAUCUUGACUGUCAGUGAAUUGAUCGCUGGAGCUGGCAAUGACUGUUUACAGGAACAAGAGCCCGAAAUGACACGUGCUGAAGAAGACAAAGACUCAAGCAAGUUGUUGUCUCCUCACUUGGUGACCUGUGAGGAGCUGAAGAUUAGCCCCAACACCAGGGAGCCUAUAGAGGUCUGGGUGUCCUGUGGAGAGCCAUUUAUACCUUUGAGUGAGUCGAGCAAAAGACUGAGGAUGCAACGAAAACAGUGGCUGCAGAAAGAGAAGGUUCUCUCUGAUCUUGAUAUGAUGAAGCACAAGAUACGCCACCUUCAAGGGAGACGGGUAGGAUCGAUGGACCCUGCCAACAUGGUUCCAACAAAGUGUCCGGUUCAGCCUGUGGUAGUGGAGGGUGGGUGGACGGAGCCUUCCCCAGAGGAACUGAGACUCACGGAGGAUGUACAGAACAUGGAAAUGCAUCUGUUGGAAGUCCAAAAUAUGCUAAUGAAAGAACGCUCAUCAGUUCUCAGCAAGAUGGUCUCCAAUCAAAGGCUUCUGUACAGUCAACCAAAUGUCAAGAGAGUUCUAGCAUAUCUGAAUGGUGAUUAUCCUGAUCAAGGAGUGUACGUCUGGGGCACGACUAUUCCAGAGCUGCUGGAGAGCUGCACAAUGCAGCUGAAGCUGAGGUCCGCAGCCAAAAUUCUGUUCAGUCCUGAUGGAGAGCAGAUCACCUCGUGGGAAAGAAUAGAACGAGACACGUUGGUGUGCGUCUCCCAGGGGGAGCCAUUCCUGACCAGCGCAGGUUGCCGCCAGAGAGUGGAGAUCAGAGCCAACUAUGCAAGAAUGCGGAAAGAAUAUGGGCAAGAUGUCACCAACAUCGUUAUUAAAUCAGGAAUAAACCUCAAAUCACAGGCUGAGGCUCCCAGCCCAUUUCUGGCCCUUCUCCCAGGCAGAGAUAUUAAUGAAUGAACAAGACAGAUGCUUUCAACCUUUCUCCAGGUUUUUG